CAAAUCCAGACUAUUGAUUAUAUGAGAGGAUAUAAGAGAACGAUUGUAUCGACAGUUGUAUAUUAUACUUUGGUAUUCUUCUCGAUUGGAACACUACUGGUGUACCUGCAUUGGUAUCCGAGAUAUUAUUAUAAGAUCAAGUUUAGAGAUUCGACAUUGGAUCUGGCCGACUAUGUCUACAUCAAGGAGAAGGACAAGAAGGUGACGCUGUGCAAGGUGCGCCCCGUUGUGCUGGGCGCCAAGGGUCUGAUCCUGCCCGGCGAGAAGACACAGCGUAUGAUCGUCUUUAAAUUUAUCCGUUACUUCUACAGCGAGGAGACGCGACUGUUUGAGCGCAACACGUUCAAGGACGAGUUUAGCCGCACACAACUCGCCCAGCUCGCCGCCAAUGGCCUGGGCCAUGAGGAGCAGAGUCGCCGCAUCGACAUGUUUGGCCCAAACCUGAUCGACGUGCCUCUAAAGUCAAUCCCACGUCUGCUACUCGACGAGGUGCUGCAUCCAUUCUUCAUCUUCCAGAUCUACUCAAUCGCGCUCUGGUGCACGGAGGACUACUAUGUUUACGCCGGCGCCAUCCUCUUGAUUGCAAGUGUCACCAUCUUCCUCACAUUGCGCGAGACACGAGCCAAUCUCAUGGAGCUGAACAACAUCGCGCGAUAUUCAUGCCCAAUCAACGUACUGCGUAAUGGCCGCAUCGACACUAUCAACUCGGGUGAUCUGGUACCAGGUGAUAUUGUAGAGCUCAACACUUCGCUCCUGCUACCUUGCGACCUUGCACUGCUGUCUGGCACUGUGGUGCUGAAUGAGGCUAUGCUCACCGGGGAGUCCAUCCCUGUGACCAAGUACGCAAUCACCGAGACCGCUGGCGACAUGCUAUCAAUGUCGGCCGCAUGCAACAAGCGUUCGGCAAUCUCUGGAGGUACGAUGGUCGUCAAGACCCAGGGCGCACAGGGCGAGCGCAUUCUAGCCAUGGUCACCAAGACCGGAUGGUCCACAGCCAAGGGUGAGCUGGUGCUUAGCAUCCUCUAUCCCAAGGAAGCCUACUUUGAGUUCUUCCAGCAGUCAAUCAAGUUCCUCUUGGUGCUCUGUGGUAUUGCCCUUGGAGGCUUUGGUGUUUCCGUGUGGAGAAUGUACGAGCGUGGCACAAGUCUACGUGAGGUCAUCGUCCGCUCUCUGGAUCUCGUCACAAUCGUCGUGCCACCCGCUCUGCCCAUGGCUCAGUCAGUUGGUCAGGGAUUCUCUAUCCUGCGUCUCAAGCGCCAGGGCAUCUUUUGUAUCUCGCCACCUCGCGUCAGCAUGGGUGGCAAGAUCGAGGUGUUCUGCUUCGACAAGACCGGCACACUCACAGAGGAAGGCCUGGACCUGCUUGGCGUCGUUCCCUCAUAUAACCAGAACUUUGCCGAUAUGGUCGAGGAGGUGAAGCGUAUGACUGGCCCACUCUACCUAGCUCUGGCCACCUGCCACACACUGUCACAUAUCCAGGGCAAGGUCAGCGGUGACCCACUUGAAGAGAAGAUCUUUACAGCCACUGGUGCCACGCUCGACGACGAGCAUCCCCGCUUCAAGGCUGCCAUCAGACUGACACACAAGUCGUCUGCAUCAGAGAAGGGCAUGCCAUUCCCAAUAUCCACAGACGAGAUUGAGCAGUGCGCAGAGAUUGGCCUCGUUGAGCGAUUCGAAUUCCAGUCGACUUUGCAGCGCAUGAGUGUAAUCAUCAAGGGCGACGGACUCGACGGAAAGGAGAUCGCCAUCGUCAAGGGUUCACCCGAGAAGAUCAAGUCCUUCUCAGUGCCAAGCUCACUGCCCGCCGACUACGAUCAAGUGUUGGACACAUACACCAAGAAGGGCUACAGAGUGUUGGCAUGCGGCUACAAGGAUUUCCAGACACCAAAGAACGUCAGCAAGGAUGAGAUCAGAGAGAUGGUGGAGCGCGAUGUCCACUUCCUCGGCUUUAUUGUCAUGGAGAACAAGAUCAAGCCCGAGACGCCACCCGCUCUCCAGGUGCUCAAGAACGCCAAGAUCAGAUUGAUCAUGGUCACUGGUGACAAUGUGCUCACGGCCAUCAGUGUUGCCAAAGAGUGCGGUCUCAUCCUGGACAAGAAGGUCAUCUUCAUGUCUGAGGUGGUCAAUGGCGCGAUCCAAUGGCGAGAUAUAUCAUCCAGCACCAGCUCAGUACCCUACAAGCUCGACCCCUACGACCUGGUCAUCGAGAACGACUACGAGGACGAAGACUUUGUCCUCGCUGUCACGGGCGAUGCCUGGAAGAUACUCUACGACGACAAGGUUAAGAACGGCAAGGGCAUGACAUUCACUCGCGUGCUCCAGAAGGGUCAUGUAUUCGCCCGUAUGUCGCCAGAUCAGAAGCAGAACCUGGUGGAAGACCUGAUGGGAGCGAACCUCUACGUGGGCAUGUGUGGAGAUGGAGCCAACGAUUGUGGCGCUCUCAAGGCUGCUCACGUCGGCAUCUCCCUGUCAGAAGCCGAAGCAUCCAUCGCCGCGCCAUUCACAUCCAAGGUGACCAACAUCUCCUGCACACACAAGCUGAUUCGCGAAGGCCGUGCCUCACUGGCCGUCUCAUUCAAGCUGUUCCAAUUCAUCGGAAUGUACUCUCUCAUUCAAUUCAUCACGGUUAUCCUGCUGUACCUGCAGGCCGACGUGCUGGGCAACUAUCAAUUCCUCUACCAAGACCUCUGGAUGAUCUUCCCGCUGGUCAUCUUCAUGGGCCGCACCGAGCCAUGCUCGAAGCUCUCGGUCAAGCGUCCAUCCAGUCGUCUGAUCUCCUGGGCCGUCAUUGGCUCACUGCUCACACACGUCGUGCUGUGCGGUGUGUUCCAGACGCUCAUCUAUAUAUUCGUUCAGAAGCAGUCAUGGUACGUCGUGCCAGCCGAGUCAUCCAACGAAAAGGGUAUCCUCAGCUACAUCGUCACCAGCUUGUUCCUCUACGCCAACUUCCAAUAUCUCAUCAUGUGUUUCAUUUACUCCUAUGCCAAGCCAUUCCUCAGACUAAUAUAUACCAACAGACUACUCUUUGGAUGGUAUCUAGUUUGUGUAGUGUCAACAACAUUGUUGUUGGUGUUGCCAAAUGAGAAGUUGUAUCGAUUCUUGCAAUUGGAGUCACAUCUGCCAAGCGAUUGGAUGUUCUGGAUUUACAAGUUGUUGAUCUUGCUCGCCAUCAAUAUAGUGGCAUCAGUCGGUUUGGAAUGGUUGAUCUUCUUCUCCAAACAACAGUACAGCAAGUCGCGCAAGACCCUCAAGGCCAAGAAGGCCAGAGACGAGUUGGUCAGGAACAUGAGGUUCGCCAGCAUCAAUCAA